GGUGAGUCAAACCUGCGUCAGACUUCGUCGUGACUCGCCAUGUUAAUUUCUCCCCUACUAUGGGGAGCUCAUUUAUCCCACAACAGCAAUAAGCACGUGGAAGCCAAAGGGGUGGGCAGCGCUGCAGACCAGCUACUCUUACUGGGACAAACGGUUGCAAUAAGCCUCAUCCGGCACAAGUUAGCGUAAUUAAAGCAGCCAAACUUGUGGCAGGCGUGGAGCUCCUCCUGCGUCAGAUUGAAUUUACGCACCUUGCGCCCCGUUCGACUGGACGCGGAUCUGUGCGCGCUCGGAGAUGUUGUGUACAGACACAGCGGACGAAUGAAAGGAACGUGCACCACCUUUGGAUCCAUCGUGUCAAGCUGACUCGGACGUCACAACCCGCUCUGCGCAUCGCACACGAUUGAAGGAAAAAAAAGCACUACUUUAUUUCCCAGCUCCUCCGGAUCUUCUUCCAGUCAGACACCUCUUUCCUCGCCUCCUCCUCUACCUCCGAACCCGAAAGGAUCUUCGGGGCUGCAGCCAUGCCAAAGAACACCAAGGUGACGCAGCGGGAGCACAGCAACGAGCCGGUCACCGAGUCGGUGGCCGACCUGCUGUCCCUGGAGCACCCCAUGGACUAUAAGAGCAGUCAGAUGAGUAUGGGUCUGAGUCCCGGCUCCACUGCUCCAGUAAAGGCGCUGAUACCUUCCCCUGACCCGGACGCAGAGGACGGUCGACCGGCCUGGAACAACAAGCUGGAGUACAUCCUUGCCCAGGUGGGCUUCUCCGUGGGCCUGGGUAAUGUCUGGAGGUUUCCCUACCUGUGCCAGAAAAACGGAGGAGGUGCAUACCUGGUGCCCUACUUCAUUCUCCUCCUCCUCAUCGGCAUCCCCCUUUUCUUCCUGGAGCUGGCAGUGGGUCAGAGGAUCAGGCGUGGGAGCAUCGGGGUGUGGAACUAUGUCUACCCACAGCUUGGAGGCAUCGGGGUUUCCAGUCUGAUGGUUUGCGGUUUCGUGGGCCUCUACUAUAACGUGAUUAUCGGCUGGAGCAUCUUCUAUUUCUUCCAGUCUUUCCAGUAUCCACUGCCUUGGGCCGAAUGCCCCAUCCGCAUAAAUGGAACCCAAGCCAUCGUGGAGCCCGAGUGUGAGAAGAGCUCGGCCACCACCUACUUCUGGUACCGGCAGACUCUCAACAUCACCAGCAGCAUCGACGACACGGGCGGCCUGAACUGGAAGAUGGUCCUCUCCCUGCUGGUGGCUUGGGUCUUGGUCUGCCUGGCUGUCAUCAAGGGCAUCCAGUCCUCUGGGAAGGUGAUGUACUUCAGCUCUCUCUUCCCGUACGUGGUGCUUUUCUGUUUCCUGGUGAGAGGGCUGAUGCUAAAGGGCGCGGUGGACGGCAUCGCUCACAUGUUCACACCAAAGUUGGAAAAGAUGUUGGAGCCGCAGGUGUGGAGGGAAGCAGCCACGCAGGUCUUUUUUGCUCUGGGUCUGGGCUUUGGAGGCGUCAUUGCUUUCUCCAGCUACAACAAGCGAGACAAUAACUGCCACUUUGAUGCAGCACUGGUUUCCACCAUCAACUUCGUGACCUCCAUCUUGGCCACUUUAGUUGUCUUUGCUGUCCUUGGGUUCAAGGCGAAUGUCAUGAACGAGAAGUGUGUCGUAGAUAAUGCAGAGAAGAUUCUGGGCUUUUUAAACACAGGUGUGCUGAGCAACGCGCUCAUCCCUCCUCACAUCAACUUCUCCCACCUGUCCACCGUGGACUAUGCAGAGAUGUACUCUGUCAUUAAGACGGUGAAGGAGGACAGCUUUGGACAACUGGGCCUGGACGCAUGUCUGCUGGAGGACGAACUCAACAAGUCGGUGCAGGGCACCGGUCUGGCUUUCAUCGCCUUCACAGAGGCUAUGACACAUUUUCCUGCUAGUCCCUUCUGGUCCGUCAUGUUCUUCUUCAUGCUGAUUAACCUGGGUCUGGGAAGCAUGAUCGGCACCAUGACUGGGAUCACCACUCCCAUUCUGGACGCUUUCAAGAUCCGCAAAGAGAUCCUGUGUGUGGGUUGCUGCAUCAUAGCCUUCCUGCUAGGCUUGCUGUUUGUGCAGCGUUCAGGGAACUACUUUGUCACCAUGUUUGACGACUACUCCGCUGGUUUGCCUCUCACAGUGGUGGUGAUCUUGGAGAACAUCUCUGUGGCCUGGAUCUAUGGCACCAAGAGGUUCAUGCAGGACCUGGAGGACAUGCUUGGUUUCAGGCCAUACUCAUUCUAUUACUAUAUGUGGAGAUACGUGUCGCCGGCGGUGUUGGUGGUUCUUAUUAUCGCCACCGUCAUCGAGAUGGCCAUCAGUCCUGCGGGAUACAACGCCUGGGUGGAGGCCGAGGGCGCAGAGCGUUUCCACAGCUACCCUCCCUGGGCUCUGGCCAUGGCCUACUCCCUCAUCGUGGCGGCAAUGCUGCCUCUACCCGUCGUCUUCAUCGUCCGCCACUUCAACCUGAUCUCAGACGGCUCCAACAAGCUGUCCGUCUCCUACCGCAAAGGCAUGAUGAAGGAAAUCUCUAACCUGGAAGAGCAGGACGAGCAGCGCUUCAUUCUCAACAAGAACCCCAGCGAGGCUCCUUCCCCGAUGCCCGUCCAACGCGCCUACCUGGGGCCCGGCGGCACCCAGGAGAUGAUCAACACCAACUACGGCACCAGCACUAAGACGGGCUACCAGAACAUCGGCUCGCCCGAGUCUGAGCUAUGAUCCGUUGAGCACAUAGAUCCUCCCGUCUGUUGAACCCCAGCCCUGCUCGGGGAGAGGGAGACAGAGGAAGUGAGGGAGGAACAGAAGAAGUCAAAAGGGAGACUGCCGGUCGUUGCAGCGUUCUUCACACCUUAACCCACCAGAGCUGAGUCCCUCUUUCCUGCCUUUUUCUGCCCCAAUGCUCGUCACCUUCCAUUCUCCCAAAACGCCACCUGAAAUGAAGGGAUCGUAGGGAUCUCAGUUCCACCAGAUCUGACAACUCUUUCCAUCCUUCAAUUUAUUACAGGGGCAGAGACAGAGGGACUGACACAAGAACAGAGGGAGCGAUGAAAUGUUGACCGAGGGCUUCAGUAUGGGCUCCUUUGUCGUAAGCUAUGGGCGAGGUUAAGAUGUGUGCAGCGCUGAAAUGCUUUACGUGGUGCUGAACCGUGUGUUCACCAGUGUGGAGAAGGAUAUCGUUGAGACAGAUGCAUGUCUCUUGAUGUAGGAGUUCAUCAUCUCUCUGGUUGUAGAGGGUUGUUCUUUGAGGGGUUAGGAUGGAAGGAGACUGAGACGAGAGAAAUAGUUUCAUGAUCUGUAUCACCGUGUGGGAAAAGCUCUCAUUUAGAAAACAAAAUGAUCACAAAUGCAUCCAUAACAGUAAUUAAUACGUGAUUCUGAUAGUGUAAAACAGUGUUUCAAGCACAUCACAUCUUCAUUGUGCCUAUCAUGCAUCAGCAAUAAUAACCAGUCAAAGUCGGGUCCUCGUGAAACUGUUGAUCUCCUUCUAUCCCUACUGUUCCCAAUAAUGUAGAAUAUUAUACAUAUGUGUUGUGCAAUAGUCUGAGAUGUCACCGUAACUUGUGUGUAUACACCACAGUAGUGCAAAACGAGGGGAAACCUUCCACCUCAUCAUUUCGUCUCGGUUGAACACCGAAGCACAAAGUCCUGUUAUUGUUUGAGAGCAUCUCUGAGCCUUCACACAGAGCAGCAUGGUUCUUUAAAAACAACGUUCUCUGGAGCUGUUGCCAACAGCACCGCACAUGUCGGCUCAGUGCUGUUGCAGUUGAAGCGGGUCUAGACGAAACCUUUCCAUUUGAAUCAAUCCUUUUAAUCAAGCCAUUCCAUUUGAAUCAACGCCUUAGAAGCGCAGAGGUUGGUAGUGAAGAUGCAGCGGUAGGCAGGGAGUCUGUCUGUUGGUUUGCGAGGCGGAUUCAGAAAAGGUCUGUGUAUGCUUUCAGAUGUGCAUGUUCAAGUGUGUGUGUGUGUGUGUGUGUGUGUGUGUGUGUGUGCGCGCGCGCGCGCGCGUCAGAGUGUUGUCUGCCGCUGAAUGAGAUCUCCUGGCGACCCUGCAGCUUUAAAAAUAGAGCUGCGUUACCCAGGGGAAGCCGUGGCAACGCACCAUAGAUACAGAUCCUCUUCUGAUGUUGAGGAGGAGGAAGAGAGCGGACACCUUGUUUUGUCUACUCGACCUGCACGGCUGAUUCGUCUGCAAUGCACAGAUGAGAGGUUUUAUCGUUGAGGUCCUAGAAAACUAGAUCUCCAAUGUUACACUGCAUAAAAUAAAAAGCUUUAGUUCCGUGCCGCGCUUUGGAUUAAUCACACAUCAUCCCACCUGAGGAAGACUUUCCUCUAACUAGAGACAUAAUUUCAUAACCUUUAUAAUUUACACUUUGUUGUAUUUUUGUGAACUGAAGUGUGAAGAACUUUAAAUGUUUAAUUCUGUGUGUUUAGGGGUAUAAUGUGGAACAUGUGCUGUGACAUAAAGGUUUGGAAUGAAUGGUAAUACACAGAUUCGACCACUGGGCGUCUCUGCUGGCCAGCGGAGGAGCCAAUGACUCUGUCCAGUGGCCCCUCCCUGAGGCAACAACAAUACUUGAGGCUCAACAGAUGUAGUGUCAAGCACAGUCAGGCACGUUGUUUGGUGCCCGAACAGAUUCCCCGUGGUCGGUUUGCCUCAUGAUUUUGUCAGUUAGUUUUUCUAUGUGGUGAGUUUGGACCGAUGUCUCUGACUUGAGCACUUUAGUAACUUAGAGACCCUGGAGUAAUUUGUUAAGUACAGUUUUGAUAAAGGCUCUGUUGUUGCUCUCAAGAAUGCUGAACAGAAAAUGUAUUGAUUAGCAAUAUUUAUACAAAGAGAGAAAGAGGGCUGAACACCCACAAAUGGCACAAAUACACUUAUGUAUCACAAGCUACUUUGCAAAAAUCUCUUACCUUGUUUCUUGUGUGUCUGUUUGGCACAUCGGGUCAUUUUAGCAUUCAAAAAGUUGUAAUGUUUACUCUUAUGAUGUGAACUAAUUUAGCCUGUGUGUUCUUCAUUACUGCUUCUGGUUCUGUUGCCUCACAUUUUGUAAAUAAUUAGCAAAGAAGAAAAAGAGCUAGUCAUGCAUAUGAGUGUGUGGACAACAAACAAAACAAUAGAAAACCGACAUGACAAUUAGUUGCUCUCCAUCCUGAAUGUGUCAGGAUAAAUGAACAUUUAAGCAUGCCCCAGCUGGGUAUUAUCCUAUUUAGUGAGAAAAACUACUUUGUCAUCAUGUACAAGAAACCGGAUGUUUCUGGUCAAUUUGCUUAUGACAUAAAGGGUGAGUACAGUGAGUUCAUCUGUACUCACCUGCUUUGGCUUGGAGAUGAAGCACAGCUGUGGAAGCACAGGACAGUGAGCACAAUGGAGUUUUAAUCCCUGGGGGAACAAGCUCCAGUCAAUGAGUUAAAAUGAACCCUGCAGGGAUGACCUUGAUGGCGGGUCAUAUUCCUUCAUCCUCCUGGGGGUUUACCAGUGUAUCUGCACACUUAAAUGCAUUCCAAUCUUCACAAUAAACUAAACUGAAAAAAAUUAACCUCCGCACAAAAUGAAAUAAGAGCGUUAUAUUGUAUAUUGUCUCUCAGAAGCAGGAUCCUUUUUAAAAUUAUUCUCCAGGCCUCAAAACACUGUACUCUGUACUCGGCAGAUAUUUGAUUUUAUUAUUGAAAACAAAGACUCCAGGGUCUCGUUGUCUUGUCCAAGUGUCAGCAGUGUUGCAUUACUUUAAUGCAAUUUGUAGAGGUUUUCUCAGUUGAAUGACUGUGAUGAAAACAAUAGUGUAUUUAUUGAACCGUGCAAAUAGUCUUUCUGUGACCAAACCCAUAGUUAUAUUUAUAGUAUUUAAGACAAUGUAUGUAAUCUGUACAUAUUGAUGUACAUUCUGAUGAAUUCACACAGAGUAUCUACAGUAAGAGUGACAAGGUGUAUUCUUGAGCUGUAAAUAACAAUUGUAUAUUUUGAGAUAUUUUUUGAUUUUUGUAAUGUUGCUUUGGUGUCUGUAAGUUAUUGUGUGGUUGUUCUCAAACAAAUUAGCUGAGUGACUGUGCUUGUGUGUGAGUGUGUGUGUGUGUGUGUGUGUGUGUAUAGGUGUGUGUUUAUGUGUUUGUGAGUGAGAGAGUAUAUAUAGGUUUUUGGUGUUUAAAUGUAUUAUUUUUCCCUCUCUUAAUGUUGUGAGCUAAUUCAGAAGGAUAAAUCCUGUUGUUGGAGUAAACUGGGACCACUGAUGUAAACAAUCUCUUCUCUGUGUUUCUCAUUGGAACUGCAGCAGCUUCCAGCACAAAACUGAAAACACAAUCAGAAGGAAAUGUCUGACGAGAAAGACACACAAGUUUUGGGGUUUAUGAGUGUGGAACAUGAUGAAAUACUAUUAAAGAGUUUUAUCAAACAGA